CCCAGCACCCGCCCAGCACCACUUUCUUCUGACGUCCGAUCUUGAGAUCUGACGAUCGCCCCCACCGGCCGCUCUUAUAAAGGGGACUUUUGCCAAUUCUGGGAUGUUAACCAGCCUCGCCUCAUGCCACACGCCCUCCGCCAGCGCCCACACCUGUCACCUCCUCCUCGUGAGCCCAGGUUCUUGGAGAAGAGCCGCCCCCUCGGGGAUCCUGACCCAAGCGCCUGGCCCUGCUCCCCACCCCCGAACCCCCGGCCACACCCUCCCACUCACCCUGGCGCGCGCAUACACACACACACACACACACACACACACACACACACACACACACACACUCCACUGCACCCUUGCAGACCCGCCUCCGCGGUUCCUGGGGCAGCGGUCCUGGAGCAGCCAGACAGGUUCAGCGAUUCUCCGCGUGGGGAUCCCUCAGAGGUCUAAUGAAGUAGCCAGCUGUGGAAGAUUCCAGACCUCUAGAUAAAAAUGGCUUUCCAUGUGGAAGGACUGGUAGCUAUCAUCCUGUUCUACCUUCUGAUAUUGGCUGUUGGAAUAUGGGCUGCCUGGAAAACCAAAAACAGCGGCAGCGCAGAGGAGCGCAGGGAGGCCAUCAUAGUUGGUGGCCGAGACAUCGGCCUGCUGGUGGGCGGCUUCACCAUGACAGCCACCUGGGUUGGAGGAGGUUACAUCAAUGGGACAGCUGAAGCAGUGUAUGUACCAGAUUAUGGUCUAGCUUGGGCUCAGGCACCAAUUGGAUAUUCUCUCAGUCUGAUUUUAGGUGGUCUGUUUUUUGCAAAACCUAUGCGUUCCAGGGGCUAUGUGACCAUGUUAGACCCAUUUCAGCAGAUCUAUGGCAAACGCAUGGGCGGCCUCCUAUUUAUUCCUGCUCUAAUGGGAGAAAUGUUCUGGGCAGCAGCCAUCUUCUCUGCCUUAGGAGCCACUAUCAGUGUGAUUAUUGACGUCAAUGUACAUAUUUCUGUCAUCGUUUCUGCACUCAUUGCCAUUCUGUACACCCUGGUGGGCGGUCUCUAUUCUGUGGCCUACACAGACGUUGUACAGCUCUUUUGUAUUUUCAUAGGACUGUGGAUCAGCGUCCCUUUUGCACUGUCACAUCCUGCAGUUACCGACAUUGGGUUUACGUCUACACAUGCCAAAUACCAGGCUCCUUGGCUGGGCACCAUUGAAUCAUUUGAAGUCUACACUUGGCUUGACAGUUUUCUGUUGUUGAUGUUGGGUGGAAUCCCAUGGCAAGCCUACUUCCAGAGAGUCCUCUCUUCAUCCUCAGCCACCUACGCUCAGGUGCUAUCCUUCCUGGCAGCUUUUGGAUGCCUGGUGAUGGCUAUACCAUCUAUACUCAUCGGGGCCAUUGGAGCAUCAACAGACUGGAACCAGACUGCAUAUGGGAUGCCAGAUCCCAAAAGCAAUGAAGAAGCAGACAUGAUUUUACCAAUUGUUCUGCAGUAUCUCUGCCCUGUGUACAUUUCUUUCUUCGGUCUUGGUGCAGUUUCUGCUGCUGUUAUGUCAUCAGCAGAUUCUUCUAUCUUGUCAGCAAGUUCAAUGUUUGCUCGAAACAUCUACCAGCUCUCAUUCAGACAAAAUGCAUCAGACAGAGAAAUCGUGUGGGUCAUGCGAAUCACAGUGUUUGUGUUUGGAGCUUCUGCAACAGCUAUGGCACUGCUCACAAAGACCGUUUAUGGGCUCUGGUACCUCAGCUCAGACCUCGUGUACAUCAUCAUCUUCCCGCAGCUUCUCUGUGUGCUCUUCGUCAAGGGAACCAACACGUAUGGAGCUGCCGCAGGUUAUGUUUCUGGUCUUUUCCUGAGAAUAACUGGCGGGGAGCCAUAUCUGUACCUGCAGCCCUUGUUCUUUUAUCCUGGCUAUUACUCUGAUAAGAAUGGCAUAUUCAAUCAGAGAUUCCCCUUUAAAACUCUGGCCAUGGUGACCUCAUUCUUAACCAACAUUGGCAUUUCUUAUCUAGCCAAAUACCUAUUUGAAAGUGGAACCUUGCCACCAAAAUUAGAUGUAUUUGAUGCUGUUGUUGCAAGGCAUAGUGAAGAAAACAUGGAUAAGACCAUUCUGGUCAAAAAUGAAAAUAUUAAACUAGAUGAACUUACACCUGUGAAGCCCCGACAGAGCAUAACUCGCAGCUCAACUUUCACCAACAAGGAGGCUUUCCUUCACAUGGAUUCCAGUCCUGAAGGGUCUGGGGCUGAGGAUAAUUUACAAUAGCCCAUCUAAACAAAACACUGCUUUCUCAGACUUAUGUAGCAGGCUAAUUCUGGAGGGAUGGUGAGCAGCAUGUAAAUAUAUAUUUAAAAAUAACACCCAGGAAGACAAAAAUUCAUAUAAAAAUACACCUGUAACAAGUACAGGUCACUCUAAAAGAAGUACCUAUGAAAGCAUCAGCUUUGUUUCUCAUUGGUGUUUCUCAAUCCUAUAUGGUUUUGUCUCUAGAUAGUUUUCCUAGAUAUUCAGUAAUAAGUAAAGCCCCACUCAAAGAACAGAGGGCCAUGUGAAGUAUCUUUAUUAUGAAAAAAUGAAACAAAGAUGAAGGAACCAAGGCAAUGAGGUAAUCUGAUCCAGACAUUGUCUGCUAACACACUGGUGAAUGUAGUUUAAUCACCUCCAGAAGCUAUGAGCAUGACGCACUGUUACACCAAUGAAUGAUGCAAUGAAUGAGCCAGCUGAUUUCCUUGAAGGAUGAUGUAUCCCUUAACUUGUGUUAACUAUAGCACAUGUUGAAUAUGCAAUGUGUUUUUCUUUUAAUAGCAGCAUGUAUUACUCUGAGCAUAGGCAAAGAAAACACAAAUUAUAUUUAAUGGUGACUUUUGUAUCUGUAUGGUGAUAGGAAAAUAGAAUUAAUCUGUAUGGAGGAGCAGUGGCUUCUUUGAGUGUAUCCCCAGCCACUGUAUGCACUGAGGAGAGCUCAGGGGACAAGGAAGAUAUGGCUAGUGGGCAAACUUAAAACCAUAAAUACAAAAUGCCAUUAAGAAUAAGUAACAGGAAAAACAGUGGAUUUUUACCUUCAUUUUAAGUUUAUAAAGUUCUGAUUCAUGAUUAAAGAAGUAAUGUCUUGGCUUAGAAGUAAACUUGAGCCAUAUGUAAGGUGAGGUAGCUCUAUAGUACCAAUUAAGGCUAAUGAGAGACAAACUGCAAGUCCUGACAGGAGUAAAACUAGAAAAAUAAAACCCACCAAUUUUAUGUUUUAUGUAUGCAUGUAUUUAUUUAUUUAUUUAUUUAUUUAUUAUUACACUUUAUAUUCAACAUUAUUUUGUAUUAUUUUCAGGUGUAAAGCAUAGUAUUUAGACAGUCAUAUACACUGAAUGGCCAGAUUAUUAUGAUCUUUGAAUGCAUAAUAAUCUGGAAACUCAGUAUA